CACACACCUUUCUUCAUUUAUGUAUAUUCAUUGUAAACAUAUAUACAUCUAUAUGCUAAUGGAUUUUUAUGUGCUAAGUGUUUUUGCAUUUCUCCUACUUGGUAGGGUUCUUGCAACUACUAGAAACACAUCAAACGUCGACACUGAUGUUAGCUUCGAUCAAUUCUAUCAGGUUACAUGGGGUUAUGAUCAUGUUCUUUCUCUCAAUCAAGGAAGAGAAAUCCAGCUCUCUAUGGAUAAAUCUUCCGGUUCUGGGUUCGGGUCGAAGCAAAGUUAUGGUUCGGGGUUUUUUCAUAUGAGGAUUAAGCUACCAGACAAGGAUUCUGCAGGAGUUGUCACAGCUUAUUAUCUGACUUCAAAUGGAGGUGAGCACGACGAGCUGGACUUUGAAUUCUUGGGUAACAGAGAAGGGAAGCCAAUCACUUUGCAGACCAACGUCUUUGUUCACGGUUAUGGCAACAGGGAGCAAAGGAUUCGACUUUGGUUCGAUCCAACUGCUGAUUUCCACAAUUAUCAAAUUCUUUGGAACCAACGUCAAAUUGUAUUUUAUGUGGACGACAUUCCAAUAAGAGUGUUCAAGAACAACACGAACGUUGGGGUUGCAUAUACAUCGCAUGCAAUGCAAGUACAAGCAAGUUUGUGGGAUGGAGAUGACUGGGCAACGGAUGGAGGCCAAACUAAGACUAACUGGAGCCACGCACCGUUCGUGGCUCACUUCCAAGGGUUUGACAUCAAUGGUUGCCAGACUCAGGGCCCCGGUAUUGAUCAGAAUUGCUAUAACUCUGGGUACUGGUGGAAUGCACAGAAGUACUGGGAGUUGGAUGCUGACCAACAGAAUAAAUAUGAGAAUGUGAGGAAGAGUUAUAUGACAUAUGACUAUUGCACUGAUAAGGGGAGGUAUCCUGUGCCUCCUGCGGAGUGCCUUUACAAUAUGUAACAGCAAACAUAACUGUAAAAAAUAAGCUGUUUUAUCAAAAUAAUACAUGCAAAAAAGUGAAGUGCAGUGCAUUAUAAUCGUUGAUGAGGAGGGGUUGGCACCAACUGUUGGAAUAGUCUCCCUCUUCAUCAAUGGUUUGCAUGGACUGCAAAGCAACUAUCUUAUAAUUAAUAUAUGCACACUUUGAAUUUUGUAUUUUGUUAAUGAAUAAAAUGUACCAUC